UCCAGUGCUACCACUUGCUUCCGUUUCCGUCGCCCCCCUCCUCCCGCCGCCGCCGCGGCCGCGUCAGAUGCGCCUCCUCGCCGCGGCGGCGAGAGGCAUCCCAAAACACCGCACCGUCUUCUCGUCGCCCUCCACCGCCUCCUCUCCACGACAACCACCGCCUCCUCCUCCAACUACGAUCCAACCGCGCAGUUCCUACAUCCCGACCACCGCCGCGUCCUCUCGCUGCCGGCGUCGCUCCGACAUGACGCCCUCCUCGCGCUCGCGCGCCUUCUCAAGACAUCCCCGCAAUUCCACCUUGCUCUCCAUGCCGUCAGUCCCCCAUGCUCCUCUGGCUUCCCCUCCUCUAGCCCACUCGCUGCUCGCUUCGCCGCCGCCUCCCGCCUCGCCGCGUCGGCGUCAGCGCUCCGCCCCUUUGCCGCGAUCCUCCUCGCGGCGCUCCUCCCUGCCGCCUCCACAGGCCUCCUUUCCUGGUCGUCCUCCUACAGAAGCGGUCGCGUGCGCUACGCCGCGCUCCGGCUCGCACUCCACGCGUUCCUCGCCGCGGGCAUGGCAGCCGAGGCGCUCCACGUGCUCGCGCGCGUCCGCAGCUCCGGGAAUACGCCCAGCCUCUCCGCGCUGGCGGCAUUGCUGCGCCUUCUAUUCCGCAGCGGGGAGGUCCGCGCUGCCUGGAACGUGUUCGAGGAAAUGGCCACGAUGGGCCCGCGCUCGAGCCUCGCCAUGUUUAACGCCAUGAUCCUCGGGUUGUGCCACAGGGGGAUGCUGCGCGUUGGCUCGGGGCUGCUUGGGGUCAUGGAAAAGAAGUUCGGUAUCAUCCCGGAUGUUGUCAGCUAUAACAUCCUCAUCAAGGGACAUUGUGUGUUUGGGUGGUCGGGGGACGCCUUCAAGCUGUUUGAGGAAAUGCGCAGGUCAGGAUGUGAGCCGACAGUCGUGACGUAUAACAUACUGGUGGAUGUUCUGUGCCAUGCGGGGAGGAUGGUGGAAGCAAGGAGGCUGUUCGAUGAGAUGGCACAGGUGGGGAUCAAAGAAAAUACAAUAACCUUCAAUGUCUUGAUGGAUGGAUAUGCAAAAACCGGACGGAUGGAUGAGGCCAGCGCGGCCUAUAGGGAGAUGAAAGUGAGGGGGCUUUGUUGGGAUGGCCGGCUGGAUGAUGCCUGGGAACUUCUGCGCGGUGCUAUUGAGCAGGGUGUUCCAGUUAGUGUUGCUGGAUUUAAUGCAUUGAUCGCUGCUUAUAGCAAGGAGGGACUCCAUGAAGCAGCUUUUGAACUAUACAGAAUUAUGAACAAGUUAGGGCUGGCGCCGUCAACACAUACUUUUAAUUAUUUGAUAAUGGGGCUGUGCAAUCAAGGAAGGCUUAAUGACGCACAGCUAAUUUUGGAACACAUGGUUAGCAAGGGCUACUGUCUAAGCACAUCAUUUACUAUUUACUUGGAUGCAUCCUUCAGAGAGGGCGACGCAGUCCGUGCUUUGAAUUGUUGGGAUGAUAUGGAAAAAAUUGGUCUGCAGCCUGAUUUUAUUGCCUUCUCAGCAUAUGUCAAUGGCCUAUGCCGAUUAGAUUAUGUGAAUGAGGCUUAUCAGGCAUUUGCCAAGAUGACAACAAGAGGACUUGAACCAAACAAUAUUACUUACAACUCCAUCAUAUCUGCAUUUUGUCGGGCAGGCAGUAUGGCUGAAGCUUUGAAGUUACAGCAGAAGAUGAGGCAGAGUGGCCUUGUUCCCGAUGUUUACACAAGCAACAUUCUAAUCGACGGUUUCUGCAGACAAGGAAAUUUGAAGAUGGUGGACAGCCUUUUAUCAGACAUGUGCAGUAAUGGUCUAAUCCCAGACACAGUGACGUACAAUACUAUAAUCAAUGCGUAUUGCAGGGCUCAGGAUAUGAAUGGUGCUAUGAAUUUUAUGAAUAAGAUGUUUGCAGCUGGUUGUGAACAAGAUAUUUUCACAUAUAAUAUUUGGAUGCAUAGCCUCUGCAGCAACCAUAUGUUGAACCAAGCAGGGAAGGUGUUAGAUGAGCUUGUUACUAGGGGUUGUCCUACUAAUUCAGUUACAUACAAUACAUUGAUGGAUGGCAUUUGCAGUGAUGUUCUUGAUCGAGCUAUGAUACUGACUGGCAGGCUGAUUAAGAUGGCUUUCCAACCAAACACUAUCACACUUAAUGUUUUCCUAUCUCAUUUCUGCAAGCAAGGAUUUGGAAAGAGAGCCCUUAUGUGGGCUGAGAAGCUCAGGGAAGAUUCUUUUAUUUUUGAUGAUGCUACUAGAAAUAUAAGUGACUGGGCACAAAGGGAAAUGGAGAAUGGUCCCCAGGUUAACAAUGAGGACAUAGAUAGGUGCCUGUUUCUUGAGUUCUUGAUGCUCAUGACAUAUGAGACUAUGCACAACAACAGAUCCUUAAAGGCUAGACAUGUGCCUGCGGAUAAAGGUUAUGCUCCUGCUAGCAGCAACAUGAUCAAGAUUUUAGAUACUGGUUGAUCAAUGAAUUUUAUAACCACAUCAGGUUCUAAUGAAUUUUAUAACCACAUCAGGUUCUACUUCUAUCACAAGAUGCACUUACAGGAAUGACAUGAUCAGUGCCCUGCCAUAAAGCAAGUCUAAUGCAAGGACACCAGCGAUCUACCAUUGUUUUCUUUCAGUUGCUUCAACCAUCACACCUGCAGAUCCAGCUCAAAUCCCAUUGGCAGCACUACAGAUAUUGCGCCAGAAUCAUCCUCAAGGAAGGCAGUAUCAAUCUGCUUCAGCCCGCACACGCCUAGUGAGCUGGUCAUAUUCUUUAUAUCCUCAGCUAUGCCACAGUCCCCGAACAUAAAUUCUUUCAGAGCCAGUCAGCAACUAGAGAGAAGCCCCUCCCCUAUCCAGGACAUUUUCAGUGGUAAUGAUGGAGGUUGACAGUUUUUCAGCAGCGAGCGAGUAGUCCAGCAGCACGGGUGCUCUGCUGAGAAAAUUGUUGCUGGUCAGGCAAUCGAGAUACAUCAAGUACUUCCAUUUCUUGUGAUAAUUUUCGAGGAGGAAGAAGCAUAGAUGAUGGGACGCUAUUGGAUGCCUGUUGAAAUGCCUAGUGGAGUUUGUACCUUCCGGAGUAGGACGCGACAUUCAUGCCUCUGGCCUCAACUAAUGGGGCCCAGGACCCAGCCUACUAAUCCCUAUCGAGCGAGAUAGAGAGAUUACCUGAGUUUCUUUACAUUCACAUUCAAGCCACAUUUGUGCUAAAUGACGUGAAGAAAGGGACUGGAGUUCCGUUAUAGACCAAAAAGAGUGUAUACUUAAGGCAGCACAAUUUGUUUCUUGUGCAGAUUCGCCUGGUCAUUCUGAUGAUACCAAUUAUUGGAGGUACUUUGCUAUUUCUCUCUUGAGAUGUGCUAGUAUAGAGUUUUCAAAAACAGAUAUUAUGUGUAGUGUUGGAAUGCCUCAAAGGUAUGUUUCAUCUAUGUGUAGUGUUGGAAUGCAAUGCGUAAAUCAAUACUACUCCAUCCAAUCCAAAUUAUAGAUUA